CAAGAAGCAAAUCCAGCAAUCAGAAUGUCCCCCGCCAAAGUCAGCGCCAACGACGUGCCCAUGCACGGCAACGGGUUCUACAGCUCCAACUCGGCCCUGCAGCACUCCGCCAUGCUCAACGCCCUGCCCCUACUCUCCGCAGCAGCCUCCAAGGCGCAGCAGCAAGAGCAAGAGGCCAACUCGCGCCCCUUCACAAUCCUCGAAUUCGGCUCCGCCCACGGCAACAACUCCCACACCCCCAUAACCACGAUCCUCAAAUCCCGCACCCCAGCUCCCACCCGCGAAAUCCACCUGCAAUUCAACGACCGCCCGACCAACGACUUCACCACCCUCUCCACCAACCUGGCAACCAUGACCUGGCCCGUCCCCAACCAAACCUUCACCUCCCUCGUCCCGUCCUCCUUCUACUCCCGCGUUGCGCCGCAAGGGAGCGUGGACGUGGCCUUCUCCCUGGCGGCCCUGCACCACCUCGACCGCGUCACCCCGGUGCCCGCCUCCGGCCCCGUCCCGACGCACGAGGCCCGGCAGGCCGAGUUCCGCGCGCAGGCGCACGCAGACCUCCUCGCGUUCCUGGCCCACCGCGCCGCGGAGAUCGUCCCGGGCGGCGGGCUGGUGCUGAGCUUCGUGGGGCAGGAGCUCGGCCCGCGCGGCGAGGAGAUCACCAACUACGCGGGCCCGGUGGACGCGUGCCGCGCCGCGAUGGUCGAGAUGCUGCAGGCCGGGGUGCUCAGUCCGGCGGUGGCGAAUGUGUUCGAGGUGCCGGCUUAUAACCGGACACUGGCGGAUGUGCGGCGCACGCUGGGCGAGACUGCGGUGCGCGCGGAGUGGGAUGUUGAGGAGGUGUUUGAGCGGAAGGUUGUGCAUCCUGCGAUUGGGGAAUUGGAGGGCAGGAUGAAGGCUGCGCCUGGGAAGGAGGCGGAGCACGCGGAGUGGUAUGCGAGGACGGUGGUGGAUUGGCUGAUGGCGGUUGUGGCGGGGUAUUUUGUUAAGGCGGUGCGCGAGGGGAUGGGCGUUACUGAUGCGGAGACGGUGGAGGGGUUGUUGGCGCAGUGGGUGGAGCGCACGAGGGUGCGGUUCUUGGAGGGCCAUCGCAAUGAGGCGGUUGAGUGCUGGUUUGUUUAUGCGCGAUUGAGUCGGAAGUAG